AUGAGACGUCACUCAAUAGCCGAAGAAAUAUACGAAAAUGAGACCAAAAUCAACUUCGGCGUACCGGACAGCGUCCGAAGCAUGGGCGAUAGGACUCCCAAUCCAGCGCUAGGAAGCUCAAUCCAGUUAUUUGAGAGCGAGUCCUCAACCGAAGAAGAAAAAAGACGCCUCGGAAUCAGAGGAUGGCUGGUCUUCAUCUGCAUCGUCAUUUUGGCUAUAAUGGAUUCCUUCAAUGCUACCGUGUUGAUACCAGCGUUACCUGAUCUGGCCAAUAAAUUUGGAAAGCCAUUAGCAAGCACAUUCUGGGUUAACACAGUCUACCUCCUCUUCGGCACAACUAGCCAACUAUACUUCACCAUGAUCAGCGAGGUCUUCAGCCACGGACCCGUCUGGAUCAUCGCCGUCGUUCUGGCAACAGUCGGUACAGGAAUCUGCUGUGGCUCGAUGUCUCUCAUUGAGUUGAUCGUCGGACGCAUGAUCCAGGGUAUCGGCAGCGGCGGCGCGAUGAGUCUGUGUUCCGUGCUAAUGACCGAGUCCGCGCCAAAGGCCAUCCAUUCUCGUUAUUCAUGCUACAUCCUGCUUACGCGCAUGUGCGGCGCGAUCCUAGGCCCCAUCGUCGGCGGCUUGUUUGUCGAUAAUGCAGAAUGGAGAUGGGCGUUCUAUUUCAACUUCAUUUUCUGUGCUCUCGGCUUGCUGGCCAUUCCGUUUGCUGUGGAUCUGCGCGCUUCGAAGUAUUUCCUGUCGCGCAAGGAGCAGGUUUUGGAUUGGCUGGGUGUUGCGAUGGCCUUUUUGGGGCUUGGGAGUAUCUUGGUCGGUCUCUCUUGGGGUGGGAGUUUGUAUCGGUGGGGACAGUGGCAGACUGUUGUGCCUAUUGCGGUGGGUGCGGUGGUUCUUCUUGCGCUUGUCUUGUAUCGGACCAAAUGGGCUGCGCAUCCGCAGUUUGGGAGGGUAUUCCGGUCGAAGAUGAUGACUAUGACGCAUCUAGGGUGCUUUUUACAUGGCUUUGUGUUUUUUGCGCAUUUGCAAUUCUUCCCUUUGUACUUCAUUUCCGCUCAUUAUAUGUCGGUCAGUCUGUCCGGUAUCAGCUUGCUAGCCCUGAUUGGGUUUGCGAUUGCCCCUACGGCAGUGGUUGGUGUCAUUCUUGCGCGAGAAUUGAGAUGUACUCAGUGGACCAUCUCCGGAGGCUGGAUUCUGACUGUCCUUGCGAGUGGUUGUUCUAUUCUUUUGGAUCAUACCACGCCGACUGUAGCGUGGGUGUUCUUGUUGUUCACGGCUGGUCUUGGACACGGUCUGUUGCUUUCAAGUUACAAUGUUCGCGUUCAGAACUUGCCCAAGGAUGAGGAUGGGGAUAGCUCCCCUUCUAUCUUGCCAACGACCAUGUCCUACUAUAUAAGAGCUUGGGGGAUGGCAGCUGCGGUUCCUGUCGGGGGAGUCGUGCUGUUUAAUUUCUUCGGUUAUAGGCUGGAAAGUGUGGGAAUGAACCGGGAGUUGGUAACAACUGCCAAUGGGUAUCUUCUGUUGAUGAAAGACGUGAGCAUGACAGUCGAACAGAGAGACGCAGUGACAUUUGCCACGGUCGCAGCGUUUCAGGUGUUAUGGGGGGUCAUCACGGGCGUUGCUGGGCUCGGAGGCAUAUCUUCUGCAUUUUUGUGGCGGAAGUACCAAUGA